GUCAGAUGCCGGAAGGUCAGAGGCUGUGAGCGGAAGUGGGUGCAGGAGCGCUCCGCCAUUGUGUUCGAGAGAAGUAGUAAUCGUACAUCUAUAGACACGUACACACAGGCAGCAGUCGCGGCCGCCACCACCGGAGUGAGAGGCCGGGCCCCGAGAGGAAAGCCGCCGACAGACAAACAACCGCCCGCCCGCCCGCUGCUCCGCCUCCUGGUAUCUACCGUCACUGGCUUGGGCCGCUGCGCGAUCCACUGGGAGCACGAUUUUUUCUUAAAGUCGGCGGAGCCUGAGGCCGAGGCCGAGCGCCUGCUUGCUGUUGUUUAAUGAAGAAUGUCUGCGACCAGCGUGGAGCAGCGAUCGAAAGGACAGGGAAGUAAAGUUCAGAACGGUUCGAUGCAUCAAAAAGACACAGUGAAUGAUGAUGAUUUUGAACCUUAUUUAACAAGCCAGGCAAAUCAGAGCAACAGCUACCCACCAAUGUCAGACCCAUACAUGCCCAGUUAUUAUGCUCCUUCCAUUGGAUUUCCAUAUUCUCUUGGUGAAGCUCCCUGGUCAACAGGGGGAGAUCCUCCAAUGCCAUACCUAACAACAUAUGGACAGAUGAGCAAUGGCGAGCAUCACUUUAUACCAGAUGGUGUAUUUAAUCAACCAGGGGCCUUGGGGAGCACCCCACCAUUUUUGAAUCAACAUGGAUUUAACUUUUUUCCUGGGAAUGCGGACUUUUCUACUUGGGGAGCAAGUGGAUCUCAAGGACAGUCAACACAAAGCUCUGCAUACAACAACAGUUAUGGAUACCCACCCAGUUCUCUUGGAAGAGCCAUAGCUGAUGGACAAGCUGGAUUUGGAAAUGACUCUUUGAGCAAAGUGCCUGGCAUAAAUAGCAUUGAGCAAGGCAUGACUGGACUGAAGAUUGGAGGAGAUAUGACGACAGCUGUCACAAAAACUGUAGGUUCAGCUCUUAGUAGCACAGGUAUGUGCAGUAGCAUUGUUGCUAAUAGCAUUCCAGCAACCACAUCAGCACCUAAGCCAACAUCAUGGGCUGCUAUUGCCAGGAAACCUGCAAAACCUCAGCCCAAGCUAAAGCCCAAGACUAAUGUGGGAUUAGGUGGAUCUGCAGUGCCACCUCCACCUAUAAAACACAACAUGAAUAUUGGAACUUGGGAAGACAAAGGUAAUGUGCACAAAGCCCCACCUACACAGCAAGUUCUGCCUCCUCAAGUAGUUAUCCAGCAACAUCAGCUUCCACCGCAACCAAUCGCUAUUCAGACUCAACCAACACAUCAACAACCACAGCAUCUAGGGCCUCAACAACCUCAGGGUCAGCAGCAGUUACAAAACCGCUGGGUGGCUCCUCGUAAUCGGGGAGCUGGCUUCAAUCAGAACAGUGGUACUAAUAGUGAGAGUUUUGUGUUGGGUAUGGCCUCUUUAAGCACUUCACCACCUGGAGGAGAAGUACAUCCUGUAUUGGAAAAAUUAAAAGGCAUUCACAACUACAACCCCAAAGAUUUUGACUGGAGUCUGAAGACGGGACGUGUAUUUAUAAUUAAAAGUUACUCUGAGGAUGAUAUACACCGUUCCAUCAAAUAUUCUAUUUGGUGCAGUACUGAGCAUGGUAAUAAACGUUUGGAUGCUGCUUUCCGCUCUUUGAACGGUAAAGGGCCACUCUAUUUACUCUUUAGUGUGAAUGGAAGUGGACAUUUUUGUGGAGUGGCUGAGAUGAAAUCAGCUGUGGACUACAAUGCUUAUGCUGGAGUGUGGUCACAGGAUAAAUGGAAGGGCAAGUUUGAAGUGAAGUGGUUCUUUGUGAAAGAUGUACCGAAUAACCAGCUGCGGCAUAUUCGUUUGGAAAACAAUGAUAACAAACCGGUUACCAACUCAAGGGACACACAGGAGGUGCCCCUAGAAAAAGCCAAGCAAGUGCUUAAAAUAAUUGCUACUUACAAGCAUACCACUUCAAUCUUUGAUGAUUUUGCACAUUAUGAAAAGCGUCAAGAGGAGGAGGAAGCCAUACGUAGGGAGCGGAACAGAAGCAAGUAGUAACUGAAUGGAGAUGCUCUAUCAGAUUCACAACACUAAUGAUACAAUCCUUGGAAAUGCCUGGUAUCUUCAAGGAACAUGAUUAUUGGAACUUCACUGCUCAUGGCAACCUCUACAGAACACUUGAACACAAAAUUGGCUUUUCCGUGUUGGUUCUCAUUACUGCAUUUGCCCUUAUACUCUUGUCUCAAAAAGCAUUUGAGCGCUAUAACUUUGUCAAGCACUUUCUGCCAUCCUAAACUUUUAUCAGUAAUUCCGGUCUUUCUAAGUCACCCUCUUAGAUGAAUUACAGAAAUUGAGUGAAAGUGAGAAACCAAUAACCUUUUAUUUGAAUUUGUUUAAUACUAAUAAUUAAUGAGUGUAGUUUGGUCAUUGAUCUGAGAUUUCAAAAUGCUUGGCUCUUCAGAAUCUUUUCUGUUUUUAGGAUUUAUUUUAAGUUAAUUUUAGCUAUUUUUGAACAAUUGGGAUAUCAUGUAAUUUUUAGUUCAAACCGAUAAAUCCAUUAUAAUGCCUUUGUGAAAAUUAUUGUACUCAUUAAAGCAAAUACAUUGAAUUAAUAUUUUGCCAAAUGUGAAACAAACCGGAAGGUAUGCAAAUUUCUUACCCAAAUUAUUCUUGACUUUUUGAAAUAUAAUUUAAAAAAAUGUAUGUGCAACCAUUUGAAUGCAAUGCUCCUUUUUUUGUACACUGUAUUACAUAGGCUUCAGAAAAGUGCAUUGGUCAAGGAAGGAGAUGCUAGAUGUUUGAUACGACCAUUUAUGAAACUGUCCUAAGUAAAUAUACUUCAGUUUGAUUUACAUUUUUAGAUCUGUAAUAUCUUUUAAAUAUAAUUUCCUCACUUUGAAUGUUUGCCCUUCUGGCAAGAAACUAUCAUGGAAGUGAUUUUUAUUCCCUCUUAAAUGACUCAUUAGCUUAAUAAAUCCAGUACUUCUUUAGCAAGUGUUAUGGCAUGAAUUAAUUUAUGAUGUGGUUUCACAUUUUCAUUUUUUCUGAGUACUACUUUACAGGAAAUCAACCAAUUUAGGAGAUACUGAGCCCAUAGUCUCCUGUUUACAUAUACCACAUAUAUUGAGUCUCAGUGAUGUAAUUGCCUUAAUUUAUAAUGUGCAUUUUCAAUAGGUACCAAUAGCCUAAUAGAAACAAAAUGGACUUUUUAUAAGCACAGUACUUAAAUCACUGUUCAUACCUUGAAGGCUAUUUAAUUUAUUUUAGCACACUGUUUUCAAUGUAUUUAAAUUUGGCAGUCUCCUAAUGUGAUCCUAUAGUUGUCAUGUGUUUAUAAUGUCCACGGUCAUUUAAAAUCUAUGACGUUGAUAGGGGUGCAUAUUUAGAGUUUAAAGUGCCCAGGUUGUUUAAAAGUGCAUUGUGUACAUGAAAUCAUUAUCAUAAAUAAUUUCAUUGCUUCGUUCUUGCAUAUGUUGAAAUUAAAUUAACUAGUAUGAAGACAUCGAGUGUGAAUUAGCAUCGAUAUGUAUAACUUCUAUGCAUUUACAUCAUGAAGUUCCCUGAUUAAAAUGUAGUAGUUCUGUUUUUUUCUUCUAGUAACCCAACUAUUAUACUGGCAUCAGUUGGUGCAGUACUUGGUGAAAUUAGUAAUGCAAAAAUAGAAAGUUUAGCGGACUUUGGAGCUAUUUCUUGGUCACCUGACCUUUUACUUUCUAAAUUGUUCUUAAUUCUCCUUUGAUUUAAUCUUUGUAUGUUGUUUACAUGUUGUCCCAAAUACCAAUUUACACCUGUCAUGGGUAGUGGUGUGAUACUAUAUGUAAAUUCCUGAUUCCACUCAUUUGAAAAUAUUUUAAGAUUAGAUCAGUAGCCUUAAUAUCCACACGACAUUGCAUGUAUUUUUGUCUCUAGUUCAGUAUGUUGUAUGAAAUCAUACAUAUUUUGCAGACCUCUACAGAGUCACUACCAAUACAGAUGUAUUUUAAUGAUUGACCUAAAAAAAAUCAGCUGGAAGAUUUAACUCUUUCUUCCCAUGUUUCAAAUAUAAUGGAAUGUUCUCGGUCAGAAAAAUUCAAUGUGGUUAAUUUAUUUUAUGUUCUGAUUCUGGGGUAGUGAAAGAAAAAUGUUCAUUAUUAGAGGCAUAUGUAUUAAGGAAGUGAAAGCAUUGCAUGAAUGCAAAAUUACAUGUCUUUGAUUUAGAAAGUUCAGUUUUUAUUGCUGACAUUGUAGAAAUGUCAGGCUAGGGUACUCUAAUCCUAAUUUGGAGCCCUUAUUCUAAUACAGUGCUAAUAUAAUUUUUUGUUUAGUAAAGGUUAUUUUGGAAUGGCUUUGCAAACUGAACUUUUAUUAUUCAGAUAGUUAUCCAAGGAAUAGAACAUUGCAAUCAUAAAUUUUAAAAAGGUCUAUUCUUUCUCAUAGUCAUUAAUAUUCCCAUACCUUUAUAUGCACCUCAAUAAAAUGCUUAUUGUUCUAUUAUUCUUUAAAAAGAAAUUGCUGUUUUAUGCCUGCGCUAAUAUCCCACAAAUUACUUUAUCCUCCCAUGCACCAUCGGUCCUGCCUCUAUCACAAAAUUUGAAUUGCUGUUUCAUGUAUAAUUAAAGGUUAAAAGAUCAAA